AUGGAGUCAAUAUCUGGGCUCAGAAAUGUCUUGCUCGCUACCCUUGGCUCGCAAAACUACGGCGAGCAGGAGCUCUUUGAUGCCUUGCUAGUGAGCAAGGCGCGUCUGUUGGAACUCUUUGAGGUUGGACCCAGCAACCCUCAGGAACAAAAGGACCUUCAGAGCGGAAAGAUAUCCGUCGGUGGGCGCUCACUUGCAGUCAAUGCCGACUUUGCGCAGCAAGCCAUCUUUCUUGCACAACAACUUCAAUGUUCAGAAAACUACGUCGCCAGCAUACUGCACACUAUAAUGUCCGAUAACCCGAACACGAGCCCUGAACAAUGCAUGGAGGCUGCAGUCGCCGAGUUUCAUCAACGUAGGCGACACUUAGCAGACUGCUUGAGGUAUCUUUUCGAGGCGGCCGAGCUCGCCGAAAUACAGGACGCGCCCCGGUUAUACAUGCGCAUCAACGCGUUCGUACAACAAGAGCUCAUACCGCCAGCAAAGGUCGGAGCAGGAGAUGCGUCCUUAGCUUACAGGAUAUUCAGCCAAGUGGACGCGCUUGGAGGUGUUCUAGCGCACGCACAGACAGCGAAGCAGAGUGCUGUUAGCAACACCGUGGCCCCAAAGCAAGGUGCCAUCCCCACUCUUGGCUACGAUAUUCUCAACGCGCGCUAUGAUUCACUGAAAUACGAGAGAAGAGUCCUCGCCACUGUGUACUUCCAAAUUGCUCGUCUUGGCUACCUGUCGCCCACCGACCUGCAGAAGUCUGUUGACUGGUUAUCCACAAAUCCAUACGACCCCAUGACCUUCCACAUCCUAUCCUCUGUCCUCGCCUUAUUCGAUUCGGUUGACCCAGACUCUAUUGGGGGUAAGGUUCGACACGAUCUUGCUACGAACAAGACCGUCCUCGCAUAUAUGAAGAACAAACUUGCCAUCAAUACAGAAUGGAGGGAUUCUGGUCUUAAGGCAGUCCUCCUCCUCAGAUGGACGCUGUUCCUCACCGAAACUCGCCAUCGCGAUAAUUCACUGGAGUCGAGGGACGGAUUUAAGACAGAAGAAUUAGAGACCCAGAUAUGGAAUGCAGUGCAGAGUGGUGCUUUCACCUUCCUCGCGUCGUCACUUUUGCUUUUGCAGCGCCGCACAAGGGGCACGUCGCCAACCUCCUUUGCCACAACCCUUCAAAGCUCGUCGGAGCAAGACCAGCAACGUGAAAUACCGACAGACGAGUUUAAGCUCGCGGUGCUGAAGGUCUUUGAGGGCCUGGUUCGCACGUUGAUCAUGUAUGCAUCUUCCGAGUUGCGCAAGAUCAAACAGCGGCAAGAAGACAUUGUCCUUGCCAGCGCUCGGACAGACCGGUCGCGCAUGUUCCGAUCCACACUCCCCUCUUCUGAGUCAGAAUCCACUAAUGCUCCUCGGAACGACAUCGCCGUCCUCUAUUCCUUCAUUGGUCUCCUUUACACGUCGCUUCCUCCCGAGCGGGCCUUACAAUUCUGGGGUGCUAAGCCUCACGACGUUCAAGGCUUGUCAUGGAUGGAAUACACAGAGAUAUCAGCUGGGAAGCUUCCUGCUUUUCUUCAAUGGGCGGUGUGGUCAACUCAAGCUCGCGACGUCGACAUGACUAUGUCAUUGUACGACAUGCUUGCUGGACUUGCGAAGGGACAGCAAUGCAGCGAACUUGCGUACAACUUCCUAGCAAGAGGCGGCAGCGAGGUUAUCCCAGGCAGCAACCUUCCGUCAGCGGGGUCGUCACGCUUCAACGCCGGUCCUACUGUAUCUUGGACGAUGAUAUUCUCUUUGCUCCAAUCGUGGGCGGCUGCAGGUACCCAGCCUCGGCCUGGCCACUCAGCUGCACAACCUAUGGGUACUUCUACUGGGUUUAGCCUGUCCCAUGCACCUGCGCCGUCGCAGGCCGCCCAGCCCCAACAGGUCGAUAUUGGUCCCAAAGAUGUCCUUCUUGCACAGUCCUUCCUCCGCCUCGUGUCCACAGUUGUGGCCGACUCUAUCGCUGUGCGCCUUGCUAUCACUAGCAACGCAUCCUUCCGUGUAGUGCCUACCCUUGUCUCUCUCAUCCCCUUGGUUAUCCCGCUGGAGCUGAAGGGCGCUGUAUUUGAGACGCUGGCCGCAAUGUGCGAGCCCGGCGCUGGCGCAGCAGGCGUUGAGGUCUGUAAGACGGUGUGGAAUCUCAUGGAGCGUCUGGAAGUCAUCAACGUGCGCGCAGUAAAAGCAGGAUCAAACAUUCUAGCGUCAGCCAAGGGUGUCGAAGCAGAACUGGAGGAGGUUGAGUCGGUAUACAAGCUCUACCCUGCUACUAUUCCCUUCUUGAAACUGCUCAGUACGCUCAUUCACACGCCUAAGCGGAUCGCCCUCAAGGACCGCGUUGCCGACACGGAGCCACUCAACACGAUACCGGAAACCCUAGGCCAGUCGUAUCGUCUACCUGGUAUCGGACCGUACGUUUCGUUUGUCGUCGACAAUGUCUUCGCUGGCAUCCCGCGCAGGGAAUAUGCGAGCCCUUCAGACCGGUGGCAGAUGAACGACUUGUGCCUGUGCUUCAUCGAGCGUGUACUAGCAAGCUACGAGCUUGAGGCGCUUGUGGUAUCUGGCGAUGACUCUCAGCUGAACAAGGACAACGUCAUGCGGUUAUUUGUCCAUCCUGGCUUCGACAUCAUGAAACGUAUCCUGUCAGGUACCUCAUUGCAAGCCAAUAUCCUGUCCUAUCUAGUCGAUGGUGUGGAAGGCUUUGAAAAAGAAUUCGCGGACGAAGAGCCCCACUUCAAGAGCACAAUUGUCCGCGUACUUCGCAUCGUGCAGCGCGUUAUUGAUAUUCAGGACAUAUACUUGGACGUGCUAAUCCCUGUCCUUGGUGAACUGAACGGGUCGCAGCUUCUUGGAGAUCUGCCUUCGCGGUCGUACUUCACGCGACUAGACCGUGCUCUGUCCUAUGGACCCCAAGUCAUCCCUGCCAUCGCCUCCUAUACGGUUUACGCGGCGCAUCCGGAGGUCGUCCUUCUCGCGAUCAAGAUUAUCACGCAGCUAGCUUCUUCUACCAUCCCGGGUUUCUCAUCAAGCUUGCUCACGCUGAUCGAGCGCAGCCCAGACUCAGAGCGUAUCCUAAGCGGAUUCCGUGAGAGGCUUGAUGUGGAGGCGUCAGACGACGUUGAUGCAGCGGAGGCGCACGCGGACGAGGUCACUGGCGCUGGAGCUCCCGACAGGGAAGGAUCAGGAUCAGAAGCAUUGGACCAGGCUAUUCGACUGGCGGUGCUGGAGCUACUCAAUCGCUCGACGGAGCCUGAACAGCAGUACCCGAACUUUGGCCACUUCCUUCUCUUCGGUGGAUCUGACAGCGGACACCAGAUCCAAGACCCGCAUGCAAUGGGGGCUCAGCGUACCUGCGUGCAUGUCUUGUUGGAGUUGCUGAACACAGGUGUUCCGCGCUUGCAGGGGAAGGGUAGGUCUCGAGAGUAUCAGUGGAGCAAUGGGACACCACUCAUGGUAGCCCUGCCGGCACUGGCGGAGCGAUGUUACCGAGUUAUACACCAUUUGUGCACUCACCCUCGCACCUCUGAUUCUACGAUGCGCUACUUGCGGACCCGGGAGGACUUCUUCGUUAGGCAUUUGGCGACUCUCCCAACCCAGGUGCCCGAGACAGAUCUGGAGCCAACUAUUCAGGUUAUGUACCAGGAUGGGUCUCGCGUCACUACAAAUGUGCCGACGUUGCGCUGGUUCUUGGCUCUUCGGUCGAGGAUUCUGGAUCUAGUUGCCCUUGACUUGCAUAUUCUGACGAACAAGAACCACCACAAGGGUGUUCUCGACAUUCUACAGAUCCUCUUUGGAAACGAGGUGGCAUACGAUGAGGAGACGAACGGCUGGGAUGUGGACGUGUUCCAGCCAUUCGAGGGAAUGGGACAAAGUUACUUGAAGAUCAUCGACCUCGUUCAGUCACUUAACUUCGACUGGGUUGACCAGCUGGCUGUGAAUCCCGUUAAUUUGGAGCUUCUGGGGCAUCUCAACCUCCACUCAUGCGUGCGCGUGGAUGCGACCGGCUGUGAGGUCGUCGAUAAGGUCGCCUUAUUGUCACUGCUAACCGCUGGCCGCCGCGCUUUGCAAUCUCAAGGGAGACUCGCAAACCCAGGUGCUACGGACAAACUCGUCGCCGAGAUGGAUUACGUUUUGUCGAGCUGUGCCAUCGAGAACCACCGUCGUGAAGUUGCACAUUCUAUCGCUUCCGGCUACGAAUCUUGGCGCCGGGUCCUGGACACAACGCUCAUGAAGUGCUUCACCCGACUUCCCCAUGAUCGCCGAGAGAAUAUGCUCUUUGACCUCCUGCACGUCUUGCCAUCCACCCUGCACACCGCUGACAUCCAGGAGCCUACUGCCAUCCUCCUUGCCGAAGCCAUCCUUUCCUGCAUCACGAAGCUUCGCGAGGACAGACGACACCAGAUCAUGCUUCAGUCUGCAGGCGGAGAUGCCGAAGCUGGCUCGCUCCCGACAGAACGUCUUUACACUCUCCUCCGUAGCAUCUUGGAGUGUAUUUUGGACAAGAACCGCUCGGAGCUGGUCCGGGGCAACCUUUAUGCUGCGUUGGUCAACUACCUGCAUCUAGUUGCAGCAGACAAGACCACCACUCUUGAGUCUGCCGUGCAGCCUUUCGGCACGCGCUCCAUGUCAAUGUCCCUCACCCUGUCUGCGUUUAGCUCCAGAGACGAGCCGUCCAACUCGCUCAGCGAAUCGGUCUCAAUGUACAACUCCCCUGGCGCCGUAUCUCAUACCCAGGAGUCGGUGUCAUCGCUCGAAUCUGGGACUCUUGCUGCCAUAAAGCCCAUUCUUGAGAGACUUGUCAUGACUAUCUCAAGAGAUGCUAUCGAUGGCACUGAAGUUUGGAAGACAGUGGCGUUCGUUGCGUUGGAUUCGCUUCUAUAUCUCGGACGAUCGGACAAGUCACGUACGGUGUUGACGGCUUUGGUACGCUAUGGCAUCCUGUCUAACUUUGCACGGGGCUUGAAGGAAGCAGAGCAACAUCUGCAGUAUGUUCUGAAACCAGACCCUGACGAUUUGAACCCUUUGUACGUCUAUGAGGCCAAGAUGUCUUUCUUCAUCCGCAUGGCUCAGAGUCGGUCUGGCGCCGAGCGACUGAUGGAGGCCCAAGUCCUGCCUGUCCUUGCUCAGUGCGACUAUCUGGACGCUAGACCAGAGGCAGACGAGUCAUUCAUGGACAGAGACAGCUUCUUACCAUCUGCUGUACACCGGUAUCACCAGUUGUUUAUGCCGGCCCUCCAGUUGGUUGCGGGUAUAAUGGCUACUCUGGGCUCGAAUCAUUCAAGUGCCAGCCACCAAGCUCUGGACUUCUUGUCAAAUCAUAGAGACACUAUCUCUAUUUUGUUGAAGAACGCUGACGAAGAAAUAUCCCUUUCGUUCAUCGAAGAAAUCCAUCUGUUGGUGUCAUUGUGCAGCAGCGUUCUUCCUCUCGUUCCCAAAUCCGACCUGCUGUCCGCCAAUUCUGGGUUCGGGAGCAUCCAUGGCGCUAUCUUGAGCCUGGCUGCCAGGUGUCUUGGAAUCGGUCAUUGGAAACAAUCAGUGAACCCUCAGACAGACGCCGAGCUCCUCAUGGCUCAGCUGUCCGCCCCAGGACCGAAUGCCGAGUCCAGAUUCGAUACGAACGUACGACGACAAGAGGCAUUGCUCCGAAAAUCACUUGUUGAGUAUCUCGGCGCAGCGAGCGACUUCACAGAGCCGGAAAUCUCCCCGGUCCUGUCUCCAUCUCUCGCCCUUCCCCGACCUGAGUCGUCUCGCUUUAUUGGCACCAUCCCCUCUGUUGGGGAUUCAAUCGAAGCCCUUACGAGUGUCUGCGAAGAUCUCGCUAUCACAUUGAAACAGAUAGGCGACUUAUCUGCUGAGCUUUCUUUCAAAGAUCACAUCCGCGUUGACAACAUCCAAGAGAUCGUUGCCGUUUCGGAUCCCAGCUUCCUUCAGGACUUGGACAUCGGACAAAAGCGCUCAUUAAUCCAUACUGAGUAUGAGCGGCUGGUAGUUGCAAAACAAGACGAGGUCAAACUCCUCCUUGGUACGACGGAGAUGUUGCUUCUGCUGCUUUGGAGACAUCUCAUCAGCUAUUGCGAGCGCAAUUCGCCUAGUACUCCGAACUUUAGGCUGUCAAUAUCAACACGUUUGGCAAGCGCCCCUGAGCCGGAAGUGUUCAAGUCGGACGCGGGGAAACGGAUUGCCGCACCUCUGCAAAAAGUGGCGUCCCUUGAUCUUACGCCUCAAACUGCCGGGCCGAACUGGGAGUCAUAUCAAGGUUUCCUAGAGAUAAUGUCCCGGCGACUGCGUGACACCGUGGGUUUGCAUGAUGACUUUGAGCCAUGA